AUGAUAGGUUAACAUUGAUUGUUGAGUGUGUUUACGUUUUAUCUGUUAAAAUAAAAUGUUAAUAGUAUAAAUCUUCAAAAAACAUGUUUGUUAUGAAUGGAAGAUUAUUAUGCUUCAAACGAAAUCUAGUUCUACGAAUUUCGAAGUAUUCAAGUAAAACUACAAGACAAACGCCGGCUGAAUAUUGUUUGGAAUUAGUUCGAAAACAUGAUUAUGAAAAUUUUUUAUGUACAUUAUUGCUACCACUUGAACCUAGAGCCAGUGCAUUUGUCAUUCAUGCAUUUAAUGUUGAAGUGGCUCAAGUUAGAGAUCAAGUACGUGAUUAUAAAAUAGGGGAAAUGAGAUUCAAAUUUUGGGCAGAUGCACUGAAUAAUACAUAUGAUGGGAAUCCUCCAAAAAGUCCUGUUAUGUUGGAAUUGCAUAGGGUUUUGCAGAAGUGUUCUCUCCCUAAACAUUAUUUCAAACGUUUGAUCACUGCACGGUUAGACAAACUUCAUGAUUAUUCAUUUAAUGACAUCAGUGCAGUAGAAAACUAUGCGGAAUACACUACUUCUUCUAUUUAUUAUCUUUUACUGCAAGCACAUGGUAUAAUUAAUAUUAAUGCUGAUCAUGCUGCAAGUCAUAUGGGUAAAGCACAUGGGAUUGUUAAUAUACUUAGAUCAGUCCCUUAUAAUGCCAAACAAAGGGUUAAUAUGUUACCACAAGAUAUUUUAAUGAAGCAUAGUGUUUCUACAGAAUCUAUAUUGCAAGGUGAUUUAAGUAAAAAUCUCAAAAAUGUAAUAUAUGAUGUUGCUUCUCAAGGAAAACUGCAUUUAGAUGCAGCAAUAUCUCUUAAAAAGAAUAUAGAAAAGAAAGCAAAUUUGAUCUUUUUACCAGCAGUUUGUUUAAAUAAUUAUUUAACACAAUUAAGGAAAGUAGAUUUUAAUGUUUUUGAUCCAAAGUUACAACGAAGAGAUAAUUUACUUCCUUUGCGUUUGCUUUGGAAAAAGUGGGUGUAAAAACUUGUAAAUCUUUGUAUUUCUGAGUUGAUGUACGGUGAAAUAAAUAUCAUCUUAAAAUUAUGUAAAUAAAUUACGAAACAGUUAUUUUUAUCAA